AUGACUUUAACAUCUCAACCAACUUGUUAUAUGACCAACAACAAUAAACCUUGGCGAUUUCAAUUCAUUGUUUUGGAAAGUGAUUGGUGGCAUUAUGAUUUGAUUGGGUGGGCUUUGGAGACAAAUAAUAUUUAUGAGAAUGCAUUAGAUGGAGCUUAUACAUUUGAUUUUGAAAGGAAUUUCGAUGAAUAUUGGUCAGUAAGUUGACAAUUACAAAAUUCUUCUACUUCUAAUGUUCAUUUCGCAGUUCUACUAUACAAUUGUUCUCGGAUAUCGUCACAAUUGUUCAGAUGAUGGAAAAUGGAGGGAUUUUGUAUGUUUUCAAUUCGAUGUACUACGAUAUGACGGGUAAUUAUUUUUAUAUAAAAAAAGCUAUUCAAUCGUACUUUCAGAUAUGCCAUUCUGACCAAAGAUUGUGAACUUUAUAAUCAGGGAAGCAUUGUUGAAAAUAGAAGGAAGACUUUUAAAAAGAAAUUUGAUGGUUGGGAAGUUAAACCGGGAUAA